AUAUUUGCUGAAGGUUGCUGAGCUAUUUAGUCUCUUUGGUAUAUCGUGAAAUUUGCUGCUGGACACCCGGUUAACUCGUCAAGGUCGACCCAAAAUUCACGAUGUACUGUGCAAAACUGUUCGUUCCUUCCGUCAGAAUCGGGGCCAUUGCCAAUGGACAAAGCAGACUUUUGGGUAGUUUAUCAUCAAUGAGAGCUGUUCAAGGUUAUGAGACCUUGAACACAUCCCAAACAUCAUCUCACCAAUCUCUGCAAUGCCAAGUUCCUGCUAUGAUGACUUUGUCAAGACUCAUGCACACUACAGCAGUUCGUAGGGACAUUGACCAGGCAGCCAAAUACAUUGGAGCUGGUGCUGCCACCGUUGGAGUAGCUGGAUCAGGUGCUGGUAUCGGAAGUGUUUUUGGUAGUUUGGUCAUUGGAUAUGCCAGGAACCCAUCGUUAAAGCAACAGCUCUUCUCGUAUGCCAUUUUAGGAUUUGCCCUCUCAGAAGCUAUGGGUCUUUUCUGUCUUAUGAUGGCUUUCCUCAUUCUUUUUGCUUUCUAAAGACAUUUAUGCAGUUGAAGCAUUGUAGCGUUAUGACGAAAAUAUUAAGAUUACUGAACAUUAUGCUGAUGGCAUUUUGAUGACAACUGUUUUUGUUAUGCACCUAUAGUAGUAAUGAAUAAUUGUAUCGUGUUUUGAUGAUUGGUUAUGUUUCGAGGUUGUUAUCAAUAAGGUCAUGUAGUGAAAAAUAAAAUUUUAUAAAAAGUUUUUGAAUGUACUUAAAUUUGCUGUAUUACUCAUUUUCACUAGUAGUUAUAUUGUGACAUAAUAUAGAGAAAUAUAAAUGUAUCAUUUGUGUUUAGAUGGGCUCUGUAGAUAAAUUCAUCAGAACGAUUAAACUAGAAAAUUCAACUUUUGUCUUCACCUUAAACUUAAGCUAUGUUUAAAACAAUCCUCUUAAUAUGAAAAUUUGAUUUUAGUUACUCGCCGGGAUGGUUAAUUUGGGAUGCAAGUCAUUAAAAUUAUGGACCAUAUACACUUAUAGUUGCAUUGUUGCCUGAGUUAGUAAAUUAGAUAACUUAGGUAAACAAAAAUAAUUAGCGUUCAGUUAUUAUUUCAUCAGAGCCAACUUUAAAUAACUUUUUAACUGUUAGUAGUUUUUUUUCUCAAGAUCCAAAACUAUUCAAACCAAAAAAUAUUUUCUUUAUUUCAGAAUGCAUAAAUAUAAGGGUUUAAAAAUUUGAUAGUAAUAUUAAUAUUGGUUGUUUAACGACAUGUAGAAAUAUAUGAUUGAGAGUAGUAAUUAAUAAAAAUAAAUGUAAGAACGCAUUCAGGGGACAGGCAUACAACCAGCAUAAACAACAACCAAUCCAGAAAGUAUUGAUAAACAAUCAAACUCAAAUUGAAGAUUAACAGGUUGGUGGUUGGAUAUAUAUAUAUAUACACUUGCACGAAUCAUCAAUACAACGCUAUAUCUGUAUAAAAACGUUACUAAUGUAUUAAACGUACACACCGGUUAUUUGUAUGCACAUGCAGAUACGCACACAAAUAAUUAGUUAUAUUAACGAUUGUUCAUUGUAAAAUGUAGUUUAAAACUAUAACAAUUUUAUAUACAAACACAUAACAAGCUCUCACAUGUUAUGCGAAUAGUUGUGAAAUAAUUCAAUUUAGGUUAACAAUUUUCCAUGUAUUAAAUAUUAAAAAGUGCAUGGGAGUGUAGGCGCGUUUAUAUAAAAAUAACAAUAGGAGGACUGCUGUGUUUACUUGCCAAGAUGCCGAUAGUUCAUUUAUUUAACAUCAUUAGUUGCAUGUUGAAGCCUUAUAAGGUUGUAUGCAUAUUAUAUUAUAUGUACGUAAAUAAUGUCAAUCAAAUAUAUUAAUGUAUUUUGAUAACAGACAGACAGACACACACACACACAAACAAACACACACACACACAAGCAUGCGUCCACUUAAUAUAUUUUGGGAUGAAUAAUAACCACUUGAUAGUC